GUUAACUUGAGAAUUUGUUUGUUAUUUUAUGAGCGGCGCAAAAUUAGAGGAGGGAGAAAAUAAACGAAAUGAGAAGAGGGCCUCUAAUCUCGAAAAUUUAUAACAAUUUUAAAAUGAAGAGGAGAGAGAAUUCAUAUAAUCUUUAGGAGUAAAAACGGGCAGAAAAAGUGGGUGGCUGGGUAGGCAACGGGCAGUUUUCGGUCAGUUUCCGAUCCUGUGCGGUGUCGACCGCCAUUACUGUCUGUGAACAAGAUCUGAAUGUCAGUGAUUUGAUGAUAUGAUCUCAACAUUACAUUAGAAUUAUGUCGUUUUGAUUGAUUUCUGUUUUUGAUCUCUUAAUCUUCAACAUAACAAAAAAUUCUCAAAUUUCUCUUCAUAUUAUUCUCAGUAUCUUCCUCUAGUAUCCUUGCAGCUGCUUUUGUUCCUCUUCAGUGAAAGAUUAAUCUAGUGUAAAACACGAUGUCCUUCAAGGGCAUUGUAAGAGAACUAAAAGGAAUGAGGGACGGGAUUGGAAAUCUCUCGAGACGAGAAGGGGGGAGGCAUUGGCGAGGUAGAACGAGGUCACAUAUUGCACCUGAUCAUGCAGCACCUAUUACCGAGGAAAUUGAGCAAGGGCGGUGGGCGAAUUUGCCUCCAGAGUUGCUUUUAGAUAUUAUUAGAAGGGUUGAAGCUAGUGAGACAUCUUGGCCUGCAAGGAGUGUUGUAGUGUUUUGUGCUGCCGUUUGUAGAUCAUGGAGAGAGGUUACUAAGGAAAUUGUUCAGACUCCAGAACAAUGUGGAAGGCUCACUUUUCCGAUCUCUUUGAAGCAGCCUGGGCCACGCGAUUUGCCUAUUCAAUGUUUUAUUAAAAGAGAUAGAGCAACUUCAACUUUCCGGCUAUUCUAUGGAUUGACACCUUCUGAAGAUGAGAAUGAUAAGUUAUUAUUGGCUGCUAAGAAAAUACGAAGAGGAACGAGCACAGACUUUGUAAUAUCUUUAGUUGCAGAUGACUUUUCUAGAGCUAGUAAUGCAUAUGUCGGAAAGCUCAGGUCGAAUUUUCUGGGUACCAAGUUCACCAUGUUUGACAGCCAGCCACCGGAGGAUGCAGUUGUCAAAACAAACAGUCGAUCGAGUCGUAGGUUUCAUUCUAAACAGGUUUCUCCGAAAGUGUCUGCUUUCAAUUACAGCAUAGCGACUAUCUCCUACGAGCUGAGUGUUCUUCGUACGCGGGGGCCCAGAAGACUACAUUGUGUCAUGCACUCGAUCCCUCUUGCUUCAAUUCAAGAGGGAGGCUCUGCACCGAUACCUCAAUCCUUUGCCCGAUCAUCUGACGAGAAGCAAGGUCUGCCCGCACCUAAUUUAUUAGGGAAGGAUCAAGCUAUCAAUUUUAGCUCUACUAGUCUAUCCGAGCUACCACCCACAAUCUCCGAGGACCGACUUAUACUAAAAAACAAAUCUCCUAGAUGGCACGAGCAACUGCAGUGCUGGUGCUUGAAUUUCAGGGGUCGAGUGACUGUUGCCUCAGUCAAGAAUUUCCAGCUUGUAGCAGCUGUUGAGCCGCACCACAAUAUUUCAGCGGCUGAGCAAGAAAAGGUAAUACUGCAAUUCGGAAAGAUUGGAAAAGACAUUUUCACCAUGGAUUAUCGGUACCCACUCUCUGCAUUCCAGGCCUUUGCAAUCUGUCUUAGCAGCUUUGAUACAAAGCCCGCAUGUGAAUGAUAUCUCAGAUUGUUUUUUGUGAGUUUUCUCCCCCCUCUCCUGGCCGAUGCCAGUCGAUAUCGAAAAAUUUGUGUUGAAAGCCAUGAGAAACCCGAGCUGCAGAAUGUGUUGACUGGUGAGUGUGAUCUUAACUGUGUAAUCAUGGAAGUUUGUAUUGCAGAACAACAAUGGAUGUAUAUUAAUGGUGCCAAGAGAAAGUAGCGUAUUUUGUAUUUCGUUUUCUUUCAACUCGGUAAUAUUUGCCCAUGUACGCGCCUCAAAGUGAUACCGGUAGCUCUUAAAAGUCGCAACUCCUUAAUGUUAUAGCUUAAUCUGCUUAAAAAUUUUUCCCAAAGAAUGGCUUGAUGCAUUGCUGCCGUUAGUUUCACACAUUGAAUUUUCUUUGUCAGUUGCAUAAAGAGAAUCUACUAGUCUUUAUCAUGCUAUCAUAAGGUCAAACCUUCCCAAUUAAUUUGGGCACAUGCCACUCAUCA